UGGGUAAUGUAGAUAAAACUCUGUUAAAACGAUAACUAAUGCGCGCCCCUGGUUGUUUACUGUUUGCGCAGAAAAACUGGCCAACAUGCUUGAUGUUAACAACAAACUUGCCGCCUGUUUAGAUGUAGUUAAAAGAUACGAGUGGUUAUUGGAUUCCUAUGUGCUGGACUUUUAUGUGGAUGACCAUUGGAGCAAGCUUCCUUUAAGCUGGCGCAGACAAUUGGAAGACUUGCCGGUAGAAAAGUUGAGCGAGCUGCUGCAAUGCGAAAGCGUCGAUUCUAUUAAAACACGUGUGCUUUGGCCCUUGGAGCUGUUAGCGCUGCGCCAGGUGUUGCGCACUCUGUGCAUCAGAAGGACGCAAAAGAACCAGCUUGAUGUUUCACUGCCGCCUUGCCCACUGCUGGAGCACCGCAAGCUGAAGCACAUGUUUAUGAAGUGUGUGAAGCCAAAAAAGUCGCAUGAAAUCAAAAGAAUGGCCGCAAUUUGUGCGCGCAGCUGCCAACAGACAUCGGUUGACUUCGUGGUAGACUUUGGCGCCGGCGUAGGACACUUGGCCCGCAUACUGGCCUAUGGCUAUGGCAUCAAUGUUUGCUGCCUUGAAAUGCAGCCGGAUUUGAACGAGCAAGCGGUGGCAAUCGAUGCCAAACUGGAGAGCACGGCUGCCAAGCACAUGGAGGCCAGCGAAACGACCCAUUUUAAGCGACCAGUGCAUCUAACCCAGCGUCUCAGCAGCGACACCAAGCCUGUGCAUUUUAUCGAGAGCAUACGGGAGGCUUUCCACUUGCCAGACACGGAUUUCCAAUUCGGCAUCAUUGGACUGCAUCCGUGCGGUGAUUUGGGCGCCACGCUAAUGCGCAUGUUCUUGAACUGUAAGCAAGCGAAAUUCUUGAAUUUUGUGGGCUGCUGUUACCAGAAAAUGAGCACACGGCAAACCCAGCCCCGAAAGGAGCUGCACGGCUAUCCGCUUAGCUCGCGGCUGCAAAACGAUCCCAACUGUCAGCUUAGCUACGAGGCACGCGAGAUCGCUUGCCACGCGAUGGAACAGUACAGUGAUCGCCUUCAAGCUGGACAAUAUGAAUACCUCAAGAUACACUCGCUACGCGCCGCAGCCGAGCGAAUUAUUGUCGAACAGUUGCCCGACUUAAGGCACUCGGCACUGCGCAAUGUGAAACAUGCGCCCGGCAUGACUUUCAAUGACUACUUUCAAAAGGCCAUCGAAGGCACGCGCUUUGCCUCGCUGCAAGCAGCGAAUCCUGAACAAAUCGAUGCAGAUCUUUUGCACUGGCGUCGCAUCGUAUGCUUUUAUACGGUGCGCUUAAUGCUGGCGCCCCUGGUGGAAAGCAUUAUACUGUACGAUCGCGGAAUGUUUCUGCUGGAGAAUGGUUGUCAAGUAAACAUUGAGGCCAUAUUUGACCCUCGCCUGUCGCCAAGAAAUCACAUUACCAGCGCCAUAAAAAGCUGACGAGACGAUUUUGUCCCAAGCUCAAAGGAAGCUAUUGACCAUAAGCUAAACAAAAACAAUAAACGCUUAUAUUGAAAUACGUACAGCUCUUGCCGAAUGUCGAUAAGGAAAUGCUUAUACAUUUAUUUUCUUCAACCACAUACUGUAAUCUUAUUUUAAAAAAAUGAAUGGGUGUCGAGUGGCCCUGUACGGGACUUCCCAGUUGGGGUGUUUGAUAUGGCCUUUAUGGUCGAGAAUAUUGUCUGUUUACUUAAUGUACAAACUGCUGUGCCUGUGCCGUAGCCUGGCGAACGUGCCCAAAAAUAGUUGCACUUCAUCUGGCCUGGUUAUGGUCAUAACUGAUGUUUGAUGUAUUUAAUAUGUAUUCAAUAAAGUUAAACGAACGGAAAAG